GAUGACGAAGCUCAUGAACCGGCUGCUGAAAACCAUUUCCAUGCUGGAGUAUUUCAUCAACAACAGCUGGGAAUGGAGCACAAACAACACGGAGAUGCUUCUGUCAGAGCUGAGUCCUGAGGAUCAGAGAGUAUUCAACUUUGAUGUGCGCCAGCUGAACUGGCUCGAAUACAUUGAAAAUUAUGUCCUGGGCGUGAAGAAGUAUCUACUGAAAGAGGACCUGGCUGGUGUCCCCAAAGCGAGGCAGCACCUGAGAAGGCUCCGGAACAUCCACUACCUCUUUAACACCGUCCUGUUCCUCAUCAUCUGGCGCCUCCUCAUCGCAAGGUCUCAGGUGGCCAGGAACGUCUGGUUCUUCAUUGUGAGCUUCUGUUACAAGUUCCUCUCGUACUUCAGAGCCUCCAGCAUGCUGAAGGCCUGAGACCACUCCACCAGCCCAUCAUCUGGACCUCAGAUACCUCUAAGGCAGAAAACUGUCUUACUCUAGAAAGUAAAGAGAAGCACACCCAAGCUUCCAGUCAAACUUGCCAUCCAUCUCCUCUCCUUCCUCACUGGGUUUGUGGGGUUUCUGGGGUUUGUUCAGUGAGGAGUCAGCCUCUAGCUGUAUACAAAGACAACUUCCACCUCCCAUCCUGAUGGUACCACUGUCCACAUCACACGAGCAGGAAGCACCCUCUCCCUAGCCUUAGCUUUCCCUUCGAGACAAAAAGUUUAGCUCAGUGAGCAUGGAAGCCCGCAUGGCAGAGCCGAAGCGGGCUGGGGAAGCGGCCCUCGGCAGGAAAGCACUCCCAGCACUGAGGUGAAAGCUCACAGCCACUGUGAACGAGGGGACUCAAUGUCCUCACGGUCCACAGAUGUUGCCUCUGUUCCAGCGGACCUGGGUGGUGGAAGAUGGAAACAGCGGGCUCAUGUCUGCCGUUUCUCACUAUGUCCACAUCUCAGCCCUAAAAGGAACAAACAGUGUAGGUAAUUAACACACCAAGGAAGAACUAAUGAACAAGGCCUAGGGCGUCUCAUCUGAGUCGCCUCUUAUGAUUCUGACAUGAUCCCUCACGUUUAAUCCCCACUGUCCUGACAACCCUCUCCUGUUCUCAUUUAUCCAUGUUGCCAAAGCCCUUCUAGACGCAUUUCACUCAGGCCUCGGUCAGAAAGGCUGAUGGGGAGGCAAGUUCCCAGACUACAACCACAGAAAAACCCCCUGAUCUUUGCCAGUGAGGAAAGCAAAACUUCAAAUAAAAAUUUAAGUUCUA